AUGAAUCUCUUGAAAAUUGGGGUGCAAGAUAAAAUGGAGCAUCGUUAGUUGCUGGUGAUUGACUGCUCCAGUUAUAUUCCUUAAUUGAUCUUGUAAGUGUGUUUUCACAUUUAAUUUGAUUGUUCAUUAUCUUUUAUAGUAUUGUUAUAUCUAUUGUAUUUAUUAGAAUGUAUAUUUCUUAAUUUUUAAACGAAAUUUAAGUUGAAUCCUAAUCACAUUUAUUUAUUAAUAAUAAUUAUUAAUCUUAAGUAUAUUAAAUGCUACCCGCAUAAUGUUUAGUUUGAAAGACGAGAUCCAGCUGUAAAUUUCAGCUUCAAAUUUAAAUCUCUUGUAUCUUAGUAAGUCUCACUUAUGAAACGAAAGUUGUUGUUCGCUCUUUUCAAUCUAAAACGUGUAACAUUUGAAUGUUUGCUGCUCUAUUCCAUUAUUCGAGGGUCACCGAUUCAUCGAUUUCCACGUUUAGGAGCGAUGGAAAGUUGCGCGCGGUAUGCAUGACAAACGUGUCAUUAGCGCCACUUAAUCAGCUGCCGAAUUCUUCCAAAUUUUUUGAAUUCAAUUAGUCAUUUUGAAGACUAAAGUCGUUUGCUCUUCGACAAAUCGUUCAAGUUUGACGAAAGAAUUGUGAAAGUGCCAUUUCUUAAAAUAAGACCACGAUUUAGAAUUUAUAACUCUGUGACUCUUGUUAAAGAUAGAAAUAUCGUCACCAAUUCAAUAAUAAGUUGCAUUGACAAAUAUAGUAUUGUUAAUACUAGAAACCAUUGAAGUGGUCAAAAUGACCGAUCUUUAGUUUCUCAGACUAUCGUCGAUUUGUAACGUUGCAUCUUCAGGGUUUUGAAUGACAUUUGUGAAAUACACGGAUGAAAACUCGCGCUUCAAUCGGUAAUUUUAGCGUCAAAGGUAGAAAAAUGUCUACGCGUGUCGAGUAAACAAAUCGAACGACAAAAAUUACUUUUAUUUGCAAACAAUAGAACGGCGCGUAGAAAAUGUGAAAGCGACGAAAUUAACAUGGUGGUAUUCUGUUAAUUUUGCAACAGGUAUUCCCAUUUAUGAAACACGAUAUAUUGUACGGUGUUCGAGGAUCAUUGUAUGUAAAGUUCAGCGUAUACGUAAUGAAACUUGCAGUCUUCUUCGACGGCCGUAUGUCACGUGAAACAGCCAGGACAUCGUUGAAGAAAGCUCGAGUUCAAGGCUUUCGGCAACCGCAGCGAUAUCAAUACGAAGAAGGCAGAGAAAAGAUCCUUCGAACGACUUGCUACGCCAUGAGAAUCGGGGCAAAGUAUUUGUCGUUAAUCUUCAUCCUGUUGCCAGCAGUCGCUGGUUCUUUCAUGGACUUCAUGCGAAGUGUGUUUCAAUUGGGAAGGGACGAUGUCGACAAAAGUGGGAUUACAUAUCCUGUGAUAUAUACCGGCAUGAGAAAUCAGCCUCGAGUGCCCGAUUACGUUCCAUUCCCAUGCGACGUACAAUUUGGCAGGUCACCAACUGCGCCUGACAAUGUGCAUCGUUUACGGCCCGGUGACAUAGAUGUAGUCGGCGGUCUGGGCGAUUCAUUGGUCGCAGGAAGCGGAGCUCUGGAGGAGUUUGCAAUAGGAACAUUUAUAGAAGCACGUGGAGUUAGUUGGUGCGUGGGUGGUCAAGGUGAUUGGAGACGAUUCUUAACCGUCCCUAAUUUGUUGAAGGUAUUCAAUCCGAAUUUGAUCGGUUAUUCAACGGGCACCGGUGAAUUUCUCUCGACGAGAGCAAAGCUGAAUAUCGCGUUCCCUGUCGCUGCUACGGAGGACGCGUUGCAACAAGCACGCAUUCUUGUUCAGAGGAUCAAAAGGGAUGCGAAAAUAAAUGUAAAGAAACAGUGGAAGUUGAUCACGAUCUUUUUCGGCGCGAAUGACAUUUGUUCCGCCGAAUGUUUCAAUCACGCGCAAUUCUCGCCGCUUCGCUAUGCUCUUCAUCUGCGAAGGGCGUUGGACUUCUUGAAAACUGUUCUACCUCGUACGUUAGUCAAUGUUGUGCCAGUCAUAGAUGUUACAGUUUCUAUUAGGAUACCACGAAGUACCAUGUGCCAUAUAUUGCACCCACUUUACUGUGCUUGCAUGCACAGAGGCAAUCGACCGGACAUCGCGGCUUCAAAAAUGUCGCAUCUCUAUCAGCAAGCUGUCGAAGCUUUAAUAUACUCAGGAAGAUACGACAAAUCUCCAGAUUUCACAGUGGUACUGCAACCAUUUAUUAAACUAUUUAAUGCUCCGAAUGCAAAUCCAAGGAGAGCGCCACCGAUUGACCCCAGUCUAGUGACAUACGAUUGCUUUCACUUCAGCCAAAAGGGACAUGCAUUAGGAGCGAAUUUGCUGUGGAACAACAUGCUGGAACCAGUGGGGAAUAAAACGGAACGAGGGCUGCCAGAAAUAUUCGAGAGGCUUUUAUGUCCAAAUGAGAACGCGCCGUACAUUUUCACGAACGUGAACUCCAGACAUUUUCGAAUGACAGGUCGUCAAGACGGCAUCAUGCCCAGAUAA